AUGUAUAUCCAUUCUGCAUUCCCUCUCGGAACCAUCAACCGAAUCCAAAGUCACGCCCGGUUUUGCUUAUCUGCACCCAUACACAGAAAGCUGAUCACCGGUGACCUUGAUUACCUUCAGUUAACCGUCGAUCAAUUUGAUCGCAUCGGGUUUUCUAUUAUUUGACGCAAUCCUCGAGCAACAGAUUUGCUCCUUCAAGAUUUUCUCUAAUUGGUGUUGUUGCAGCCAUGACGUCCCCACGGAAUCAACAUCAGCAGACAAUUAGACAGUCCUGCAAUAGUUGUGCUCAACAAAAGGUUCGCUGCUCAAAAGAACGACCGAGCUGUACCCGUUGCAAGAACAAAGGCCUUGAAUGCGAAUAUGCCUAUAGCAGAAGAACUGGAAGGCGAUCCGCAGCUUCACUAUCUGCAAGGAGCUCAAUUUCUGGUCCCAUCGCUGGUGUCCCACAACCGCUCCUAGAUGUUGCUUCCGUCUCUUCGACUGGCAUGCUUGAAGACUCGAGCACACUCUUCAGCGAUUGCAAUUUUGCUCCAGGAUCCCUUGAUGACUUAGACUAUCCUAUCGCUCCUACUAUGAUCCCUUUCGAAUUUUCCUGGACACCUCCGCCGCCCUUGACAAUGAGUAACGGCAGCAGAAACAGUGAUAGUGUGAGCAGCAGCAACAGCCUUUCUCCGACAGUCAGCUCAGUCGGCGCUUCAGGAAGCGUUCCAUAUCAUGUUCAACCCAAUAUCCACCUCCUCAAUAUAAAUGACAAUCUGACGAACGAUCACGAAAUCGGCAUGAUCCCUGGCUACUGGCCAGAUCAAUGGCAAGAGAUGCAACCCGCGAUGAACAACGUCAUUAGCACUGCGCAAAUUUCACCGGCAGACCUCGCUUUCGCUACUUCAAAUACUGGCGCUUUGCCAAAGCAAUCUCGAAACUCUCUUGCUCUUUCUCUUGCGCAGACAUCGCUGGCAUCACCAACACAGACAUCACUACCCGAUACAACCUCAAAUACUACCGAAGAUCACCAAGGCGAAGGCGACAAUUGCAUGAGCCGAGCUCUCGAACUGAUCGCUAGCCUCCACAGGCCCGCAAAAAACCCUUGCAUCAACGGCAACAUUUUUACAAGCAUUGUAUCCAACACCUCAAAUAGUGAAAGCAAUACCGAGCCCACCAUCGACCAGAUUCUCAUUACCAACCGUGCCGCCAUCGCAUCUCUUCUACGCAUACUCAACUGUGUGACCUGUCUCGCUCAAGAAGAUCGCGGCGUGACCCUCGCCUGCUUUCUCAUCGCAGGCAAAAUCGUCACCUGGUACGCCACGGCCCUGACCAUUGGCGCCGCCACCACAGCACCAGCCGACGAUCUCACGACGACCAGCAACGGCAUACGCCCAAGCGAUACGACUCUCCCAACGUCCAUCUUCCUCGGCGACUACCUCCUCGAUUCCGCAACCUCACGCUCCGUCCGCGCCGGUUUGAUCCUCGCCGAGCUCGCCGAGCACAUGCAGCCGCUAUUGACGCGACUCGUAGAGCGGUUGCCGGGCAUUCCGAAUGUCAUCGGUGCAGUCGGCAAUGAAACUACGAUUGUCGAUGGCGCUGCUGCCACUGUGGUCGCAGGAGGCAGCGGAAAUGGGAAUAGCAUUGAUGGUGGUGGCAAGGGAUGUUACGAGUUAAAUUGUGCCUUGCGGGAGCGAGUGAGGGGCCUGGUGAACGAGGCGCGAGUGAUCAGUCUGGGAUGCUGACGAUUCUGCCCUGUAAAGAUACAUAUUCUUGGUUUGUUGCCCAGUAUAUCUUCCGACCCACGCUUGUGGAGAGCGGACGGGCAUGGAGAGAGAACGACUUCGCUACGAAAUCCCGUGUGAAAGGAUUUAAACUAAUGUAUGGAAAAUCCCCAGAGAGCUAAGUGAUGUCAAACCUCGAUCGUACUGCGUCUCCGAGAUAUCAUUGACUUCUUUUCUGUACGGAGAGCGCCCUCUGUCUCUGUCUAUCUCAUUCUCUCCGCUCGCUUCCUCCACAGUCCACUCUUUACCCAGAAAAGAUAAUCAGAUCACGAUUCUG